UUGGCCACGUCCCCGGGCCACGUCGCUGCCGCCGCCAUUUUGCCGGGGAGGAGCGCCCGAGGUUUGGCUGACUGACGGUCACCGCUUUGCUUUCUCUCAUUCCCUCUCUCCUGCCUCUCGCUCAGACGCUCGGCCGCCAUGAACAUCUUUCGGCUGACCGGCGACUUCUCGCACUUGGUGGCCAUCAUCAUCCUGCUGCUGAAGAUAUGGAAGACCCGAUCGUGCGCCGGAAUCUCUGGGAAGAGUCAAAUUCUGUUUGCCUUGGUCUUUGUCACUCGAUACCUGGAUCUGUUCACGGUUUUCAUCUCUUUCUACAACACGUUCAUGAAGGUCGUCUACAUUGCUUGUUCAUUUGCCACAGUGUAUUUGAUCUACUUCAAAUUCAAGGCUACAUAUGAUGGAAACCAUGAUACGUUCCGGGUGGAAUUUCUGGUUGUCCCUGUCGGUGGUUUGUCCUUCCUGGUCAAUCAUGACUUCUCUCCAAUGGAGAUUCUGUGGACCUUCUCAAUCUAUCUGGAAUCAGUUGCCAUCCUGCCCCAGCUCUUCAUGAUCAGCAAGACUGGUGAAGCAGAAACCAUCACGACCCAUUACCUCUUCUUCCUUGGCAUGUAUCGUGCCCUGUACCUAAUCAACUGGAUCUGGCGCUAUUACUUUGAGGGCUUCUUUGACCUCAUUGCUAUUGUGGCAGGCGUGGUUCAAACCAUCCUCUACUGCGACUUCUUCUAUUUGUAUGUUACAAAAGUUCUGAAAGGAAAGAAGCUGAGUUUACCAGCUUAAGUGCCAAAGAUCAUCAGAACUUCUGUUGUUGGUCGUCUCCACACAAAGGAAGCAUUACCACAAAAAUCAAGAGCGUAAGAUGCCUAAAACAGAGAGCAGAGGCAAUAACUGAGUAGUAUUUGAAGUUAAUGUCUGCAGCUGAUCUGUCGUAUAAUGGACCACAGACUUCAGUUUUCUGUUUUAUGCAUCUUUGCCUUUUUUUAUUACAAUGUAAAAAUAUAUUUUCUACAAAAAUCUAUGCUGAAAAGCUGAAUUACUCAUUGUGGUUUAAAACAAUCUUGGAGGCUUGGAUUGGAAAUGCAUCAUGUGUUUCUGCCUGAGCUGUUUACGAGGAUUAAGUGCAAAUUGUUUGGAAGAAAUUUGAACAUGGCUGACCACGUUAAUUUACUUGUAAUGCAGUAUCUGAUGGACAAAACUGGUCUGUGAUUUUAUUUUUCCAACCACUUACUGUAUUUAUUUGAAUUUGCCAAAUUCUUUUUGAAAGUUGUUGAUUCUAUUCCCAGCUGCCAUCUUUCACUUCUACCAACCAUUCAAAACAAAAACACUAUUUGUCUUAAAGGCUGUUGGUGAGAUUUCCUUUAUUCUAUCAGUGGUUAACCCACCUCCAGAUAGAAUGCACAUGUUCACAUGUGAACAUAGAACCUGAAUAAAGAUGAUCAAAACCUGACUACAUUAGAUGUGCAUAUUACUGAUUGGAAAGUGGUUUGGACAAUAUAACGUUUUAAGUAUUCAAGGGACCAUGAGGCUUUGAGUUUGAUCCUGGGUUUUUUAUUUUGUUGAACAAAUUGAUAGAAUCGCUGACCUCGACUACCACUCUUAUUAUUUUUGAAACAUUGAGAGGUUUACCUUGUAGUUUUUUUUACACACUGAGCUGUUGCAUGAUAUCUUGUGAUACUGCCCAAUAAACAUUUUAUGGAAAAAAAA